CCUUCUUUGACAUCACCACAUCGUUCCCCCUUCCACCACAUCCUCUCCGUCUCAUUCAAGCUUCAUCUCAUUUGUGUCUCAAUCCCCCCUAUCGCAUGCAACCUUGAUUUAUCGAUCAACCCCGACCUCUUCUUUCGCGCCCGGUCUCUCACUCUUGCUAGCAAGCUUUGCUUGCACCAGCUUCCAAGAUGGCCGACAAGAUCGCGAUUGACAAGAACACCUUCUUCAACCAUCUGUCGAACUUCUAUGCAUCAUGGAAGGCCGACAAGCGCUCAGGAAAUACCCUCUUUGGUGGAGCUGGGUCUAUUGUCAUCCUCAUGGGCAAAACCAAGAGCGAUGAGAGCUCUUUUCAAAAGAACAACGCCAUGCACUUCUGGCUUCUGGGCUACGAGUUUCCUGCUACCCUGUUCGUCCUGACAACCGAGGCGAUCUACGUGGUCACCACGGCCAAGAAAGCCGAGCUUCUCGAGCCUCUGAAGGGUGGAAAGAUCCCCGUCGAGCUUUUGGUGACGACAAAGGACCCGGAAUCGAAAACAAAGGCAUUCGAAAAGUGUCUCGAAGUUAUUAAGGGCGCCGGGAAGAAAGUUGGCACCCUACCCAAAGACACGACGACUGGCCCCUUCGCGGACGAUUGGAAGCGCACAUUCUCGGAGAUUUCAAAGGAAGUGGAGGAAGUGGACAUAACGCCGGCGCUUUCUAGCGCCUUUGCGAUCAAGGACCCAGAAGAGCUUGUCUCUAUUCGCAAUGCGUCCCGAGCAUGCAGUGGCUUGAUGUCGGAGUACUUCGUGGACGAGAUGUCACAAUUGCUAGACGAAGAAAAGCAAAUCACUCACAAGGCCCUCGCAGGGAAGGUGGACGCCAAAAUCGAUGAUUCCAAGUUCUUCAACAAGCUGGCGCGCCUGCCAUCUGAAUUCGACGCUGAGCAGAUCGAUUGGGCUUACGGACCGGUCGUGCAAAGUGGAGGUGCCUAUGAUCUUAAAUUGACGGCAACCUCCGACGGCAACAAUCUGAAACCGGGCAUCAUUCUGUCCAGCUUUGGAAUCCGCUACAAGACCUACAACUCGCUCAUCGGACGUACCUACCUGGUAGAUCCCAGCAAGUCCCAGGAAGCCAACUAUGCGUUCCUGCUCAACCUUCACGACGCGGUGAUGAAGGAGAUUCGCGAUGGUGUAGUGGCCAAGGACCUCUACAACAAGGCGCUCAGCCUUGUCCGCUCAAAGAAGCCCGAGCUUGAGAACCACCUGACCAAGAAUAUCGGUGCUGGUAUCGGUAUCGAACUUCGGGAUGCCAACAUGAUUCUGAAUGCUAAGAACAAUCGAGUCUUGAAGAAUGGCAUGACCCUGGCAAUUACCAUUGGCCUAACCGAUGUGAAGGACACUGACUCCAAGUCGAAGGGAAAUAAUGUUUACUCCAUGGUGAUUACAGACACCGUUCGCGUUGGAGAAAGUGGGCCUCACAUUUUCACCAAAGACGCUGGAAUCGACAUGGACUCCGUCUCCUUCUACUUCGGAGAUGAGGAAGAGCCUGAGAAGCCCAUUAAAGAGAAGAAGGAGUCGAAGUCAAGUGCCGUUGCAAGCCGAAAUGUCACGCGGACCAAACUGCGUGCCGAGCGGCCAACCCAGAUCAACGAGGGUGCUGAAGCCCGCCGUCGUGAGCACCAGAAAGAACUCGCUGGUAAGAAGACGAAGGAGGGUCUGGAAAGGUUUGCAGGCACCACUGGAGACGACAACGGUGUCGCUCAAAAGAAGUUCAAGCGGUUUGAGUCCUACAAGCGCGAUAACCAGCUCCCACCCAAGGUCAAGGAUUUGACUGUCUACGUUGAUCACAAAGCCGCGACUGUUAUCGUACCCAUCAUGGGCAGGCCAGUGCCCUUCCACAUCAACACGAUCAAGAACGCAAGCAAGAGUGACGAGGGAGAAUACGCAUAUCUGCGGAUCAACUUCCUGUCUCCGGGCCAGGGUGUUGGCCGUAAGGAUGAUCAGCCAUUUGAAGACCCAUCUGCUCAUUUCGUCCGCAACCUGACUCUGCGAUCCAAGAACAAUGACAGAAUGGCGCAGGUCGCGCAGGACAUAACUGAACUGCGCAAGACUGCCUUGAGACGGGAGCAAGAAAAGAAGGAACUGGAGGACGUCGUCGAGCAAGACAAGCUCGUUGAAAUCAGAAAUCGUCGCCCGGUGAAGCUGCCUGACGUUUACUUGCGACCACCCUUGGAUGGAAAGCGUGUGCCUGGAGAAGUCGAGAUUCACCAGAACGGUCUUCGCUACUUGUCACCUUUCCGCAGCGAGCACGUCGACGUACUAUUCAGCAACGUCAAGCAUCUCUUCUUCCAACCCUGCGCACACGAACUGAUUGUUCUCAUUCAUGUACACCUCAAGACACCUAUCAUGAUUGGAAAGAGAAAGACUCGGGAUGUCCAGUUCUACCGCGAGGCCACCGAGAUGCAGUUCGAUGAAACUGGCAACCGCCGGCGCAAGCACCGCUAUGGUGAUGAAGAAGAGUUUGAGGCUGAGCAGGAAGAACGACGACGCCGAGCCGCGCUCGACCGUGAGUUCAAGGCGUUUGCUGAAAAGAUCGCCGACGCUGGAAAGGACGAAGGCGUCGAUGUCGAUAUUCCUUUCCGAGAGAUUGGAUUCACCGGUGUGCCCAACCGUUCCAACGUCUUGAUUCAGCCCACUACAGAUGCUCUCGUGCAGCUUACUGAACCUCCAUUCAUGGUCAUUACGCUCAAUGAGAUUGAGAUUGCCCACUUGGAGAGAGUGCAGUUCGGUCUCAAAAACUUCGAUCUUGUCUUCGUGUUCAAGGACUUCCACAGGGCUCCCGUCCACGUCAAUACCAUCCCCGUUGAGGCGCUGGAGGGCGUCAAGGAUUGGCUUGACUCUGUUGACAUCGCCUACACUGAAGGUCCACUCAACCUGAAUUGGACCACCAUCAUGAAGACAGUCGUCAGUGAUCCGUACGGCUUCUUUGCCGACGGCGGCUGGUCUUUCCUGGCCGCUGAGUCGGACUCGGAGGGAUCUGAUGAGGAGGAAGAGUCGGCAUUCGAGCUUUCCGACUCGGAGCUGGCCGCUGAUGAGAGCUCUGAGGAGGACAGCGAGUAUGACGAAGAUGCCAGUGCUGAUGGAAGCGAAGCGGAGUUCAGUGGCGAUGAGGAGAGUGGUGAGGACUGGGAUGAGCUGGAGAAGAAGGCCAAGCGCCAGGACAAGGAGACCAGAAUGGACGACGAUGACCGUGGUACUAAGCGCAAGCGCUAAAUUGGUUCCCCCGAGGUCGAUGGUGAUAAGGCGGCUUUUCUUUUUCAGUUCAUUCCAAUGUGAUUUGGGUGUUUCUGCGCCUGUUUUCCUUCUUUUUUUUUUCUUCGGGCUUAAGCCUCGCUGUCUUUUUAGUGUCUUUUAAACAACUUUCGGUGGAUGAGGACCAAUAGGUGACAUCUACCAUUCACAAAACAAGCCCAGGUUUGCAAUUUAUGUCAAGAAAUGGUCAUUCAGCUUUGAUCGUUCCGUACUACUGUACUACUCUUCGAUUUGUUACUCAAUUUAGUGCCGUGACGCUAAUA